ACUUCGGCGUGCAAUCGUUCCUCGGCUUGCGCUUGCUGCUGAUGCGAUUCGGUCGGUUCUCCUCUCUCCUCUGUGGUUUGGCGUGCAUGUUUUUGUGUCACGAAAAAAGAACGGUAUCGUGCGCGAUCGUCGUCAUCUACUGAAUGUGUUCUUGUCUUUUUACAAAGUGUUUUUAAUUGUGUCAUUUUCUACCGGUAAAAGUAUUAAAAGUGCAAUAAGUGUAAAGUUUAUUCGUGUGUUCAUGUAAAAAGUGUAAGUUUCUACGCAGUGCUAAAACUGGCCAUUUCAUCAGAGUGGGUUCUACGACGGACACGUUUUCCGUCCACUGGUUGAAAGUUGUGCAAUUUGCCGUCGAGAAUCGAGAUCACGAGUCAAUUUCGACGCAAGAUUUCACUCACGCACGCACGCACUGAACGGACGGCACAAACAACGUGCGACAGAGGAAGAAGAGAUUUGAUUCAGCAUAAUCACUGAAAGGUACCGGUGGCGUCUUGUCAUUUCCCUGGUACAUACAAGAAGUGAUCGUGACUCACGGCCGGGAAAACCAUCGAAGAAAAUUGUGUCAUCUGAAAAGGGGGACAUCCUAGCACAGCAGCAAUAACGGGAUCAGAUCACCAAUCGACAACAAUGUGCAGCGAGGUCAACAACAAGAAAAUCGAAGAAACACCCAGCUCAACCAAUCCGGCCGACUAUGGAAGCAAUCUGCACAUCAUCGAUUGCAGCGCCCAAAUUCGAGAGCUUCAAACCAUCAUCAGGGACAAAAACACCUCGCGCAGUGACUUCAAGUUCUACGCCGAUCGACUGAUACGCCUCGUCAUCGAAGAGAGCCUCAAUCAACUGCCCUACUCGGAUUGCUCCGUCGUGACGCCGACCGGGGCCAUCUACGAUGGACUCAAGUAUCGGUCCGGCAACUGCGGCGUCUCGAUCAUACGCUCGGGCGAAGCGAUGGAACAGGGAUUGCGAGACUGCUGUCGAUCGAUUCGGAUAGGGAAAAUCCUGGUGGAAUCGGACGCAGAGACACAUGCGGCGCGAGUCGUGUACGCGCGGUUUCCAGACGACAUCUCCAAACGACAGGUGCUGCUCAUGUAUCCCAUAAUGGCCACGGGGAACACCGUCAUACAGGCCGUCAACGUACUGAAAGACCACGGAGUCCCCGAAACGGCCAUCAUCCUGUCGAAUCUGUUCUGCACGCCGGUGGCCGCCUCGAUGGUGGUGACCGCCUUUCCCGACAUGAAAAUCUUGACCUCGGAACUGCACGCCUCGGCACCGAACCACUUCGGCCAAAAGUACUUCGGCACGGACUAGUCCCCGCAUUUCCCAUCUCAGGAGGAAGAGGAGAAUGAGGAGGGACUUGGGAGAGGGCAAGGGACUAUCACAUUUGACUAUUUUACUGCGAAUAACGAUGGAUACAUUCAUACAGACACCGGGAAGCCAGCAAACCUACCUGCUGCUAUCACCUACCACUACGACUCGCUCUUAACUUAUUUAUUUACUAUAUUUUUUUUUUAUUUCAUAGCAUCAAUUGUGGUAAAGAAUCAACUUACUUUUUGUCCUGUCUAACAAGAAAGUGGUGAGAGUGAUUGUGUAGAAAAAAAGAAAGUUUAGCGAAUCAGCUCAGCUAGCAAGCAAGCAAGCAAGCAAGCGAGACGUGUUGUCCCCUCUUGUCUCUAGAAAGUAUGACUUAAAUUAGUUAGUAGGCUCAAAGCGCGUUGUCAGAAUGCCAGGAUGUGGAAAGAAACUGAUCUUCGUUUUUUAGAACUCGUUAUUUUACUGUAAGAAUAAUAUAAGAAUCUUUGAAUGACUGUA